AUGUCGGAGCGCUCGUCGGGCGGCCGAAGCCGCGGCGGUCGCUACCUCAAGCCCGACACCGCGCGGAAGCAUUUCAUCUUCCACAUCGCCUUCGAGAACCUCCAGCGCGGCGUGCUGCCGACGCCGCACGACUUCGACAUGCUCUUCGGGCCCGCGCCCGUCAUCAACGUGCCCUCGACGCCUGAGAUGCAGCGGUGGAUCGACGAGCGUUCAGGUUGGCGCGAGAAGGCGAGCACGCGCGAGCUGCCCGCCUCGGGCGAGCAGACGCUCCUCGCGAGGUACUUCAGCGUGGGGCCCCGCGCCUCGACGCUCGCGCGCGCGGGCGCGCGCCCCGGCCGGCCGCCGGACUACGUCUUCGACUUCGGCAACUUCGAGGGCGUCGCGUUGAAGAAGAUGUUCCUGCGCAAGACCGUGGCCAGCAAGCCCUCGACGAACCGCGCGACGGGCGAGGACUUCUGGCAGCAUGGGCCCGACUACAUCAAGUGGCUCGCGGGGGACGAGUUCGAUUGGCAGUUCCCGAAGCACACGCUCAUGUACCUCGAGCUCAAGGCGAGCAUCGGCCGGCCCCUCGAGCUCUCCAACAGCAUGUGGCUGCUGCCGGACCUGCGGCGCGCGGCCGCGGCCUUCGACGAGUACAUGAAGGACGCGUUCCCGUCGCUCGGCGCGCCGUCUCCGGAGCCCGCGACGCCGUCGCAGCCCAUCUUGCGCUGGCUGAGGCCACAGCUGGGGCUCGACCUCGACGUGCUGGGCUUCGACGCGCUCGACGUCGACGCGCUCGGCUUCCAGGCGCUCGGCUUCCAGGCGCUCGACCUCGACGUGCUGGGCUUCGACGCGCUCGACGUCGACGUGCCGGGCUUCGACGCGCUGGGCUUCGACGCGCUCGCAGAAUGCAGCCAAGGCGCCGGCGACCCCGAGAGAAGGGACAAGCUCAAGCGGAAGCUGGAGGCCAUGUCGGGCACGUUCACG